AUUCCAAACUUUGGCUUUAUGCCUAGCUCCAUCCUUUGUGGAAGUUACUUGCUCAACCUCAAAGAAUAUGAAUGAGGAUAAGAAGUAGAAGCCUUUCCACUCAUAAGAAGAGCACAAAGCAGGUCCACUUGGCAGAGGAAACUAUCACCCAUUCCUUUAUCCAUGUAUGAUAGAUUUACAUUGGCUAAACAUCCGACACGUGUCAAGUCGUGGCAUGAGGAAAGAAAUCCCAUUGGUAUAUUCUCUUAAGCUGUAAGCUGAUCUCUAUAAAGAGUCAUAUAUUGGUAAAAUCUGUUCUUGCAUUUUGUUCUGUUGCAGUUUAUAUAUUCACUCCAAUCCUUCAGCUUUUGAACCAUGUCAGCUUUCGUUGGAAAGUAUGCAGAUGAGCUGAUCAAGACUGCCAAGUACAUUGCCACCCCUGGAAAGGGAAUCCUAGCAGCAGAUGAGAGCACAGGGACUAUUGGUAAACGGUUUGCUAGCAUCAACGUCGAGAACAUUGAGUCAAACCGCCAAACCCUAAGAGAGCUCCUAUUCACUUCUCCUGGUGUCCUUACUCUCCUUUCUGGUGUCAUUCUCUUUGAAGAGACUUUAUACCAGAAAACCUCUGAAGGGAAGCUUUUUGCUGAACUCCUCCAGGAAAAUGGUGUUGUUCCUGGUAUUAAGGUUGACAAGGGUGUUGUAGAUUUGGCUGGAACCAAUGGUGAGACGACAACUCAGGGGUUCGACAAUCUUGGGGCCCGUUGCCAGGAGUACUAUAAGGCCGGGGCAAGGUUUGCCAAGUGGCGGGCCGUGCUCAAGAUCGGGCCUACUGAGCCCUCUGAACUUUCAAUUCAGCAGAAUGCCCAAGGGUUGGCCCGUUAUGCUAUCAUAUGCCAGGAAAACGGGCUUGUUCCUAUUGUUGAGCCAGAGAUACUGACCGAUGGGAACCACGAUAUAAAGAAGUGCGCAGCUGUGACCGAGACUGUGCUUGCUGCGGUCUAUAAGGCUUUGAAUGAUCAACAUGUUCUCCUCGAAGGCACCCUUCUCAAGCCUAACAUGGUUACCCCGGGUUCUGAUAGCCCCAAGGUUGCUGCAGAGGUGAUAGCAGAGCACACUGUGACAGCACUCCGGCGUACGGUCCCACCGGCAGUCCCGGGAAUCGUGUUUCUAUCAGGGGGACAGAGUGAAGAAGAGGCAACAUUGAACCUGAACGCGAUGAACAAGUUGGACGUGUUGAAGCCAUGGACAUUGUCCUUUUCAUUCGGGCGAGCAUUGCAGAAAAGCACACUUCAGAUAUGGGGUGGGAAGAAAGAGAAUGUGAGUAAAGCACAGGAAGUGUUCUUGGCAAGGUGCAAAGCUAACUCUGAGGCUACUCUAGGUAAGUAUGUUGCUGGUGGAAGUGGUGCUGAUGGUGCUGCUUCUGAGAGCUUGUAUGAAAAGGGUUACAAAUACUAGGAUUAUUAUUAUAUAUACUUGGUUGGUAAAUUUCCAUGUUUUUUUUUGUUUUGUAUACUAUACUAUAAGUUUCAGUGUUGCUUAAUCCGAGUACAUAGAUGUAUCCAUGUAUGUAUCAAGUGUUUGGAAAUUUACGGUAUAAAUGUUGCUCGUGUUUUACA